AGGUCUUUCUUCUCCUUAAAUUCCAUUUUACAAUGAAGAUGGGAGAGUCAGGUGAUCUCAAAUACCUUUGGCAACAAUGUAAUCACAUGAUGAUAACAGCCAUUUUUUGAGUCGGUGGAUCCCAGAUUAGCCUCAAUGUCUAUGUGACUUUGUUUUUCUUUUAUCUUAUAUGGAUUCUCUGCAGAGCACCAUUUUUUAAGCUGGUGGAUCUCAGAUUUGCCUCAAUGUUUAUUUGAUUUUGUUCUUCUUUUAUCUCAUAUAGGAACCUUUCAGAUGUCUUAUGGGAAGCAAUAUCAACGGGUCAGGUUAUUUCAUUAUACCAGGGUCUUGGAACUAAAAACCUGCAGUCCUUCAUUGCACAAUUUGUCUAUUUCUAUGGAUACAGCUACUUUAAAAGAUUGUAUCUAGAAAGGAGUGGUUCCAAAAGGAUUGGAACAAAAGCGAACUUGAUAAUUGCUGCUGCUGCCGGGGCUUGCACUGCCAUUCUGACUCAGCCCCUGGAUACUGCCUCUUCGAGGAUGCAAACAAGCGAGUUUGGAAAAUCCAAAGGGCUAUGGAAGACACUUACAGAGGGUACAUGGAGUGAUGCAUUUGAUGGUUUGGGGAUCUCUCUUUUGUUGACCUCAAAUCCUGCAAUUCAGUAUACUGUAUUUGAUCAACUGAAACAACGAGUCCUGAAGAGAAGACAGACUGGAGAGGGCAAUACGACUGCCCCAGAAGUCCUUUCUGCCUUCACAGCUUUUCUGUUAGGUGCAAUUUCAAAGAGUGUUGCGACCCUUUUGACAUAUCCUGCAAUCAGGUGCAAGGUAAUGAUUCAAGCUGCAGAGUCAAGUGAUGAUGCAAAUAAGAAGGCUCAACAAAAAUCACGCAAAACAGUAAGUGGAGUAAUCUAUGCUAUAUGGAGAAAAGAAGGGAUUCUGGGCUUUUUCAAGGGAUUGCAUGCUCAGAUUCUGAAGACGGUGCUUAAUUCAGCCCUCCUGCUAAUGAUCAAGGAGAAAAUUACAGCCACCACUUGGGUUCUUGUUCUUGCAAUCAGAAGGUAUCUAUUGCUCACUAGGGGUCGAUUGAAAAAUGACUGAUGAGUGAUGAUAGUACAAAGAAAAUCCAACACAUAGCAUCAAUUUACUUGAUGCAGACCGACAUUUAAUUUAGAUAUCAAAGGCUCCCAUUGCGGUGACAAAGGAUGGUCCUUUCGUAAGAGAUUCAUUACGGGUUAGCCUGCAUUUGGAGUAGUAUUUAUCAAGUAUUUUUCGAACACAAAUAAAUCAGAAUCCCACAAUUGAAUAAAAAUUUAAAAAACUAAUCCCAAUUUAUUGGGCUCUCCUAUUCAUUUGUGUUUCUUGCAGCUCAAUAGUAUAUAAUAAGUUUUAGUUAGCUCAGAAUUAUUUUUCGUGGGAACUUCUGUUAGGAAAGACGUCGAAAAUUUCUUUCAUAAAAUAUAUCAUGUGCGAAGAGCUAACGAUGACAUUUUCCUAUCACUUGUCAGCAUGGAUUCACAUUUGUUAAUCACUACUUGAUUGAACGCAGUUAACUGUCUAUCGGCAAGUAGUAUAUUUCAGCAUUUUGGUGCUGGGAUUUUGUAUUGA